CGGCAAUGGUAGGACAUCCAGUUCCGGGCCAGUUCGAAUUGAUUGAGGUCGACAUCAUCAAUUCAAUUCUUCCUCUAAACCACUAACGCCCUUCGAAGCAGCCACCAAUUGAGCGCCGCGACAACAUCAACAAGAAUAGAUCAUUCAACGCUUCAAAAUGGCCUCAAUUGCGCGUUCCUCUCUGCUUAGGCAGACCGCUAUGGCUUCUCGAUUGGCCGCUGUCCCCGCGACCCGAACCACCUUCAUGCCUAUGCCUAGCAUCCGAUCUCAGCUUAAGGAUGUCGCUGCUUUCCACAACACUGCUCGACGAUCUGCUAUUCUCCCUCCCGGACCUCAGCGCAUCGAGGGUGGUGUCAACGACCCUGCUCCCAUCCCCGAGCCCAACGCCGCGCACGGCUCUUACCACUGGACCUUCGAGCGUCUCCUCGCCGCCGGCCUCGUCCCCUUGACCGUCGCUCCCUUCGCCGCUGGAUCUCUCAACCCUACUCUCGACGCCAUCCUCUGCAGUGUUCUCCUCCUCCACUCCCACAUGGGCUUCCAGCAGGUCGUCAUCGACUACAUUCCCUCAAGGACCUACCCCGGCCUCCGAAAGAUCUUCAACUGGCUCCUCAACAUUGCGACUGUCCUCGUUGGUGUUGGACUGUACGAGUUCGAGACCAACGACGUUGGUAUCACCGAGGCUGUCCGACGAGUGUGGAAGGCAUAAAGUGGUUGAGCGUUGAUUGGCGUGUGUAAGGUAUGAAGGAUGCUGUUGAUAGUACUACUUGUCGCGCACAUUUGUGACUGCAGACACCUGUAUAGAAAAAUUUCCUUUGAGUUAACGAAGAUUGCGUCAAUUUCACAUAAGACGGCUCUUUUACUUUACUUCCGAACCUAAGGUUCUGGUUUCUGGUUUCCAGCGCGUUUUGGCUUGUGAAAUUUGUAGGCUUUGCCAACGCUUUCAGAGUCUAGCAGGAUGAAGGCUAAGAAGCAGCUGCGCAAUAUCAAUUUUUAUUGUUCAAGCUCGUUAUUCUGUUCUGUACUAAUUUCCGCGAUAUCAAAUCCUUAUCUCAGUCCAAUCCAGCUGUCCGAGUUAGAUAGUCAAAGAAGUAAUCUCAGAGCCUCCAGCACGAUCCAUCUCGGGGGUGGGAGGAGGCAAGUUCUCCGACUUGGUGCAAAUCCAGCAACUAGCAUACAUGUUGACACGGUCAAUGCAGGCUCCAUCGAGGCGAGCACCAUGUCGCUUAGGUGAGAAGCCAUGAGCCUCAAACUCUUUGAUGUACCAUGGGGUCAAGGCCGAAGAACGGAGCAGCACACGACCACCCAUAGCCAAAGCUCGGUUAAGCUUAGUGAUCUGGGCGGCAGCGGCCCGAGAUCCAGUGUCGAACCAGUCCAUGCUGUCCAUGACGACGGCAACAGUCAGAGUACCGGGGGUGAUGCGUGCAAUGACCUCCUCGAGCUCAUCAGUGUGAAUACGGAGACCAUCAAGAGCAUUGGGGCGAGAGAGUUUGGCGUGGGCCCUGGGGCUGAGAUAAUCAGGGUGACACUUGGGAGAGAACUUGCCAUCCAUGCAAACAUAGUAGUAAGGGUUAUCAGCAGCUAUGUGAGUCUCCUCAGCGACAGGGUCAAGAGUGUUGACCAUGUAGUGCCAAAUAGCAUGAGAGCGAGUGUUCUUGGCGGCAGGCUUGGGACCCUUCACGAGGUCCGACUCGGCGUGAUCAGCCUCAAUCAUGGCCAGCUGGUUCUUAGGAACACCAAGAGCAGCCCAGAGGAAGCUCUCCUGAGAGACAACCAGAUUACAGACAAGCUUAGAGAGAAGAGCGGGGCGGAUCUUUCGUCGCCAGAUCUCUCGCUGCUCAUUCAGAGUCUUCGCCUCAAGGAGCUGCUUCACAGCCUUCUGCAGACCAAAGAUCCGGGCAAUCCAACGGAAGACACGGAUAGCGUGGCGAGAACCUCCGGUAUCGUAAAGACCGUAACCACUGCUGUUCUGGAAGACAUGGACGUUCUUGAGCCAGUACUGGAAUGCGCGGCCAGAAAGAUGAGGAGAGAGUUUGGUGAUGAGCAACUCACGGAAGUGAGGAUGCUUUCCGUCUCCAAAGAUCUUCCAGAAAUCCUCAUAUGGGAGGGCAGUGUAAGAAGCAGCCUUGAGUUCGAGCAGGUGGUUCUGGGUGGGGUUCAAGUCGACAGCAUGAACACGGGCAGGGUUUUGAAGGAGAUACGAGAGAAUGUUGUCACCAGCAGAAGUAAUGGCCAGGACCUUGUCAUCAGCACCGAGCUUCAAGAGGCGUUCAUCAACACGAGUGUCCUCCCAAGUGAAAGCAUAGAUGUACUCGUCCUUGAACUGAGUGUGCUUGGGGAGCUGCUCAUCGUAGUAGAUGCGCCAAUGGUGGUUCUGGUAGAAGAACGAGGGGAGAGGGAGGUUGGAAGACAGAUUCUGAACUGCAGUGAGGAACGCCUUGGAUCGAAUCUCAGGAGCAGACCUUUCAAUGGCUCGAGUCAGGGCAUCUCCGUGGUUGGCAGGGUACAGGUAAGGGGACUCUGUAACCAGGGCGUCAAUGCGUUCAACAAUCUCGUGGGGAAGACUAGACGACGAGAAAGGCUUCUUGUGGCAUCCGAGCCAGAUGUAGUAGGGGAUAGCUCCGAGGCCCUUGUUGCGAGUGUUCACAUUAAGGACAGUACCAAACUUGUACUCGAGGUAAUCUCGGCGACUGGGCUCAAGACCAACCCGGUCAAGAUCGAACCAAGAGCGCCAAAAGCUUC